CCGAGGAGGCAGGACUUCCUGGUGUGGGGGUUGUCAACAGCCCAGAAGGAGAAAAGAGAGACUGGAGCGGAGGAGCGGAGGGACAGAGCCAGCGUUGCCACGCGGGAGGGCACCGGGGAGCCCGGCUCAGCGAGACCACCGAGGCCUGCGGCGCCCGCGGCGGCUUCCCACCUGGAGGAGCGGCGGGGCUGCGCCGCCCCCUCCCGCGGCGUUCCGGAGAGACCCCUGGGGCUUCAGAGGAGGGCCUGGGCUCCAUCGAGGAGGCGGGGGUUCCUUCUUUUCCGGGGAGCAAACUUUCCACGGAGAUGCCUUGCGGGGCCAAGUGCGCCCCCCGAAGAGGAUCGGGCAGCCCCUGAGCGCCCUCUUGCUUUCCCCGAGCUCCCUUAGGGCCAAGAGGCCCUAAGGGAAGGACCCUCAACAUCUUCGACGGGGGGAUCCCAGCUCAGCGCCGCGGCCAAGGCCGGAGAGUUUGCAAACUCAGCUCUGGAGUUCAGCAGCGACAUCAGCAGGAAAAACCUGCCCCUGCCCCCCCACCCCCGCCACCUCCCCUACCCUCUUCCUUCAACAACCAGGCACCCCCAGUUCCCACCAGGCCCUCCCGCCAUGUCGGACCCAGACAUCCCCAGGGGCCCCGAUGUCCCCGCCAUGUGGCCCCCUUGUUCCAGGGGUGCCUGAGCCCCCGUGCAGAGCCCCAGCCGCCCCCCACCCCCACCCCUCUCGGCCCAGGCCUGAGCCCCAAGGACCAUGAGCGGGGGCAAGAAGAAGAGCAGUUUCCAGAUCACCAGCGUCACCACGGACUAUGAGGGCCCGGGGAGCCCAGGGGCUGCAGAACCCCCCACCCCGCCGGCUACAACCGGGCUCCCGCCCCGCCUGCCCAACGGGGAGCCCAACCCCGAGCCAGGGGGCAAGGGCACCCCCCGGAACGGCUCCCCGCCGCCCGGGGCCCCUGCCUCCCGUUUCCGGGUGGUGAAGCUGCCGCAAGGCCUGGGAGAGCCUUAUCGCCGAGGUCGGUGGACAUGCGUGGAUGUUUAUGAGCGAGACCUGGAACCCGCUAGCUUCGGCCGGCUCCUGGAGGGAAUUCGAGGGGCCUCGGGGGGCACUGGGGGCAGAUCUUUGGAUUCCAGGUUGGAGCUGGCCAGCUUGGGCCUGGGCACCCCUGCCCCACAGCCAGGCCUGUCUCCGGGCCCCACCUCCUGGCUCCGCCCACCCCCCACCUCCCCUGGACCUCAGGCUCGCUCUUUAACUGGGGGGCUGGGUCAGCUGGGGGUGCCUGGCAAGGCCAGGGUGGAGACACCCUCCCUGUCGGUCCCCCCAUCCCAGCAGCGCCCCCCAGAGCCCGGGGCCGGGGAGAUUUCGGGCGCACCCCGGGGCUCCGCCCCCCUGCCCUCCCUGAGGGUGGAAAUGGAGCCUGGGAGCUCAGCAGGAGGGACCCCACUGUCUCGAAGGAAGGAUGGAGCCCUGCGGCUGAGGAUGGAGUUGGGUGCUCCGGAGGAGAUGGGGCAGGUGCCCCCACUCGACUCUCGCCCCAGCUCCCCCACCCUCUACUUCUUCCCUGAUGCCAGCCUGGUUCACAAGUCUCCAGACCCCUUUGGAGCCGCGGCAGCUCAGAGCCUCAGCCUGGCCCGCUCCAUGUUGGCCAUCAGCGGCCACCUGGACAGCGAUGACGACAGCGGCUCCGGAAGCCUGGUUGGCAUUGACAACAAGAUUGAACAAGCCAUGGACUUGGUGAAGUCCCACCUCAUGUUUGCGGUCCGGGAGGAGGUGGAGGUGCUGAAGGAGCAGAUCCGGGACCUGGCCGAGCGGAACGCCGCGCUGGAGCAGGAGAACGGACUGCUGCGUGCUCUGGCCAGCCCCGAGCAGCUGGCCCAGCUGCCCACCUCGAGGGUCCCGCGGCUGGGGCCCCCUGCGCCCAACGGGCCCUCCGUCUGAGCCCCCCUUCCCUCACAAUGUGCCUUCGGGGGCUGCCACGGCCGCCCGGCCUUGCGCCAGCUGCCUGCCCCCUUUUCCUAUGCAGCUUUAAUGCUCCCCGAUUCCUGGGGAUGGGAGUUCAAGGCUCGGUACUGGCCUGCCCUCCCCUUCCCUACACCCCAUCUCCCCACCGUCCCCAGGGACGGGGCUAGGGUAUCCCCAAGCCUUGAUGGAGGUGGGAGGGCUUCAGGAUGGGGUGUGAGAUGGACGGAGCCCUCCCAGUCCUCGCUCCCUUCGGGUCAGUGUUCCGGGACCCCCAGCGGCAGAUGGCUUGGGGGAGUUGGGGGCUCCCUGGCCCCCCCUCCCCACACCCAGCUCCCUUGCAGUGCCCCUCUCCUGUGCCCAGGGGAGGGAGUAUGGACAGUAUCUGGAAGUUCUGGGAUUCAGGUUGUUAUUAAAAUAAUAAUUAUAAUUAAAAGAUCGGAAGAAACUUGAA